AGGAUUUAAAAUAGUAAUGAACUAAGUUAAUCACACGAGUUUAGCGUGCAGCAACUUCAAGAGAUAAACAGUAUCACAUGAUUCAGACCAGACUCAUUUCUCUCAUCUCAAAUUUGCUCAGUUGAAAAAAAGAAGAAAAAAAGAAAAAUGAAGUGUUGGAGAUUAUCGGCGAUUCUGUUUCUAGGGUUUCUGUUGACUAGCAUGUCAACGGCGAGAUUCGUGGUGGAGAAGAACAGUUUGUCGGUAACUUCGCCGGAGAAAAUCAAAGGCAAACACGAUAGCGCGAUCGGGAACUUCGGUAUACCUCAGUACGGUGGUAGCAUGGCCGGAAACGUUGUUUACCCUAAGGAUAACAGUAAGGGCUGUAAAGACUUCGAUUCAUCUUUCAAAUCACGUCCUGGUGCUCUACCGACUAUCCUUUUGCUCGAUCGUGGAAAUUGCUUCUUUGCUUUGAAGGUUUGGAAUGCUCAGAAGGCUGGAGCUUCGGCGGUUCUUGUUGCGGAUGAUAUUGAGGAACCUUUGAUUACUAUGGAUACGCCGGAGGAGGAUGGAUCUUCUGCUAAGUACAUUGAGAAUAUUACGAUACCUUCUGCUCUUAUUGGAAAGAGUUUUGGCGAGAAGUUGAAGGAUGCUAUCAGUGGUGGGGAUAUGGUUAAUGUUAAUCUUGACUGGAGAGAGGCUGUUCCUCACCCUGAUGAUCGUGUUGAGUAUGAGUUGUGGACCAACAGUAAUGAUGAGUGUGGAGUUAAGUGUGAUAUGUUGAUUGAAUUUUUGAAGGAUUUUAAGGGUGCCGCGCAGAUUUUAGAGAAAGGGGGUUAUACUCAGUUUACACCUCAUUAUAUAACUUGGUACUGUCCUCAUGCGUUUACGUUGAGUAAGCAGUGUAAGUCUCAGUGUAUAAACCAUGGGAGAUAUUGCGCUCCGGAUCCUGAGCAGGACUUCAACUCAGGUUAUGAUGGGAAAGAUGUGGUUGUUGAAAAUUUACGGCAGCUAUGUGUUUUCAAGGUGGCAAAAGAAACAGAAAAGUCUUGGGUGUGGUGGGACUAUGUUACUGAUUUUCAAAUUAGAUGCCCGAUGAAGGAGAAAAAGUACAAUAAGGAAUGUGCAAAUUCUGUCAUUAAAUCUCUAGGUCUUGACACCGCUAAGAUUGACAAGUGCAUGGGAGAUCCUGAUGCUGAUACUGAAAAUUCUAUUUUGAAAGAAGAGCAAGAUGCCCAAAUUGGGAAGGGAUCACGUGGUGAUGUUACCAUAUUGCCUACUCUUGUUGUCAAUAACAGACAAUAUCGAGGUAAAUUGGAGAAAGGGGCCGUUCUAAAGGCUAUCUGUUCUGGGUUUGAGGAAACUACUGACCCAGCUGUUUGUUUGAGCAAUGAUGUGGAAACAAAUGAGUGUUUGACAAACAACGGGGGUUGCUGGCAGGAUAAAACAGCUAAUAUCACUGCAUGCAAGGAUACAUUCCGUGGACGAGUAUGUGAAUGCCCCUUGGUUGAUGGUGUGCAAUUCAAAGGAGACGGUUAUACAACUUGUCAAGUUAGUGGACCUGGGCGUUGCAAGAUUAACAAUGGAGGCUGUUGGCAUGAAGCCCGAAACGGACAUGCUUUUUCUGCUUGUUUGGAUGAUGGGGGAGUUAGAUGUCAGUGUCCUGCCGGGUUUAAAGGUGAUGGUGUAAAAAAUUGUGAAGACAUUGAUGAAUGCAAAGAUAAGAAAGCUUGUCAGUGCCCUGAAUGUAGCUGCAAGAAUACUUGGGGCAGCUAUAACUGCAGUUGUAGUGGAGAUCUUCUGUAUAUCAAAGACCAGGAUACAUGCAUCAGUAAAACUGCCAGUCAGGCAAAAUCUACCUGGGCUGCGUUUUGGGUAAUUUUGAUUGCCUUGGCUAUGAUUGCUGGAGGGGGAUUCCUUGUGUAUAAAUAUAGAAUUAGGCAAUACAUGGAUUCUGAAAUCAGAGCAAUCAUGGCACAAUAUAUGCCCUUGGACAGCCAAGAGGUUCCAAAUCACGGAAAUCAUCAAAGAGGUUGAAAGAAAAAACAGGUCAGUCUCUUGGGAUCUCAUGGCGUGCAGCAUGGAUGUGGCUUCUCAUAUGCCCUCUUUGAGCCGUUUACCAUUAUGAGUUUCAUUUAGUACUGUAUCAUAUGGACUAUAAAUAUCGCCCGGUAGAAAUUUAGAAUGCUCUUGAGUAUUUUAUUUGUUCUCUUUUGGUUGGCAAUCUAGCAUGUUGUAUACUUGGAAGGUCAGAGAGGUAUUUCACUGGAUCCUGGAUUUCUGUUUACCAGAUGUAACCUUCAAUGCACAAUGUUGUAACUUAUGAUGCUGUAGUUCAGAUAACAUCUUGAUACUAUUCCAUUGCACUUCCGGGUGCUCCUGCUUUAUUUUCUUCA